UUCUGUUUGACUAAACGACCCGCACCAGCAAAGUCCAGACCGCGGGCCAAAUAUGGCCCGACGCAACAUUAGAUCCAGCCCGCGAAGAGAUUUGUCCAUUGGUUUAAUUCAUAGCUUCUAGUGCAAAUUUUAGCUAUUUUUUCCUGCAAACGCAAUACCCUAAAUUUGCCCCACAGCAUGUUCUGCCGGAUUCACUGCUGUAGAACCUAGACGUUGGUAUCUGUCGGAAGUAGCCUCAUAACCCAAAUAACCAAGAUACCGAAAACGUCACCAAUUUCUUGUACUAAAAAUUAUGUUCCAUCAAACAAAGCCAAAACACAAUCAGUUUGGUGGGUUUGCAGCCACAUUAGCGGCCACUUCAAUAUUGUUGAAGUCAGUUUUUUAUGCACGGGUAAUUUUUUCGCUCUUCGCGAAUGGACACUAUCAUUUCGCUGGUGUUGCAGUCCGCCGAGACUGCAGCCUCUUCGCACACUCGAUGCUUUCCGGGAACUGACAGCAUUCGAUGUAUAGCGAAUAUAGUCGUCUCUUUCUCUCUCUCUCGUGCAUGAUCCAUUACGAUCGGGGAUCCUGCGAUGUAACGAACACUCGGGAUCUUAUCUGCACCAGCAAUAGACGUGGCUAGCGCGCGCGGCACCGUAUUCCUUUUACUUUUAUCAUUUGAUCGUUUUUAUAUAUAUGUUUGUUAAAAUAAAGUACAAGUCAACAACAACAUAAAAGUGGCGACGAGUUUAAGUGGAAACGGUCAACGACAAGUAGGGAAACGCCGCAGAAUGUCCAGCCCAGAAGAGACGCCGAUCAUCGAGGAGCAACGUCGUCUCUCACAAAAUGGGGUCCUGAACACAGGGUUCAUUCACCCCCAGCCACCGCAGCACACGCCAUCGGAUUCAUCGCCGCUGCAGCAAACGCUGCAGCUUUUACAACAGCAAUUGGCCCAACAGCAGCAGCAAAUGGCACAGCAACAGCAACUGUUAUCGCAGCUCGUGCAACAACAACAGCAGCAGCAGCCACCGACCCCCGAUCUGCAAUUUGUGCCAAAACCGAGCAACCCGGAGUUGAUACUGGAAGCCCUCGCCGGUAAUAUUAGUGAGUUCCGGUACGAUCCAGAAGCGGGAGUAACAUUCGAAUCAUGGUACACGCGCUUCAACGAAAUGGUGGAAAAGCUUACCGUCCUGUUCGGCAAAAUGGAGUCGGUAUUAAGCAAACGCUUCAAGUGUCUUAAUAUUACCAAAACGCGCACCGAGGAUCUGCUAGCAUUUACCUGUCGAGUUAAUAAAGCGUGCGUCGAUGCAGAAUUUUCUUCGAUGACGGAGGAAGAUUUUAAGUGCCUCAUCCUCGUAUGCGGAUUAAAGGACGAAAGCGUACAGGAGAUAAGAAUGAAACUGUUAGCCGCCAUUGAAGACAGGAAGAACGCCACCCUAGAGCAGCUAGCAGCAGAUUGUCAACGUUUAGUGCGUGUAAAAGCUGAUAGCGCUAUGAUCGCUACGGACACUAGUGAGCGAGUACAGGCAGUGCAAGCCAGAAACAACCGCCAGUGGCAUCGAAAUACCAACAACGAGCGCUACCCCAAACCAGCACCCCGAAACGAAGCCUCCAAACCCCGCACCCUGUGCUGGCUUUGUGGUGCUGCCAAUGUGCUGCAUUGGACCCGGGACUGCACCUACAGAACCAACAAGUGCCGAGAUUGUGGACGUACAGGUCAUCGAGAGGGUUUCUGCAACUCGUCACAACGGCGCAGAGGACGACCGCGAUUCGAUCAUCGCCGUGCAGUGUCAUCGCGAGUAGUACGUGUCAACGUAUGCAGCGUGCAGCAGAAGCGGAAAUUUGUCAGCAUACCCAUCGGAGAGAAGCCAGCUCGACUACAGCUAGACACCGGAUCGGACAUCACUGUCAUUAACCAGCAACUAUGGAAGCAGUUGGGUAAGCCUCACCUCAACCCACCCAAGGUAAGAGCGAAAGCAGCUACUGGUGAAGUUUUCGGCCUUCAAGGUGAGUUUGAAGCGAACGUGAGCAUUAAUAAUACCACCAAGCAAGCGACAAUUCGCGUGUCAAAAGCGGAUGUGUCAUUGUUCGGGGCUGAUUUAAUUCAUCUAUUCGGCUUGGGGACCGUCCCGAUGGAUAGCUAUUGCAAUCACAUAGCCACAGCUGAACCACGAUCCUGGGAGAAAGAAUUUCCUUCGCUUUUUAGUGGAACGGGCCUGUGCACCAAGGCACAAAUUCACCUAGAGCUGCAACAAGGGAGCAGACCAGUUUUUCGACCGAAACGUCCGGUUGCAUACGCGAUGGAAGAUGCUGUAAAUAAAGAGUUGGAUCGGCUUGAGAAUCUAGGCAUCAUCAGUUCCUGCGACUAUUCGGAUUGGGCAGCACCAGUCGUAGUGGUUCGAAAGGCGAACGGCAAAAUACGGCUUUGCGGAGACUAUAGCACCGGACUCAAUGCAGCAUUACACCCGCACGAAUAUCCGCUUCCUUUACCCCAGGACAUUUUUUCUAAGCUAGCCCGUUGCGUAAUAUUUUCACAAAUUGAUUUAUCCGAUGCAUUUUUGCAGGUAGAAAUAGAAGCAAAGAGCCGACCCCUGCUGACAAUUAAUACGCAUCGUGGUCUAUACCAUUACAACAGGCUUCCUCCAGGCAUAAAAGUGGCCCCUGGUGCUUUUCAGCAGAUAAUGGAUAAAAUGCUCGCCGGGGUAAAUGGAGUAUCUGCUUACAUGGAUGACGUAAUAGUUGGAGGGAAAACACAGGAAGAGCAUGAUGCAGCUCUUGAAGAAACGCUGAAGCGCAUAAGGGACUAUGGGUUUACCAUCCGGAGUGAAAAGUGCGCAUUCAACAAGUCGGAAAUACGCUACUUGGGGCAUAUCAUCGACAGCCGAGGCCUACGACCCGACCCGGCAAAGAUCGACGCCAUCAAAAAUUUGCCAGCUCCAAAAGAUGUAACAGGCGUUCGAUCAUCCAUCGGUGCGAUAAAUUUUUAUGCCAAGUUUAUCCCCAACAUGCGUAACUUGCGCUACCCAUUGGAUAAGUUGCUGCUAGCCGGAAGUGUGUUCCAGUGGACACCCGAAUGUCAGAAAGCUUUUGACCAAUUUAAAGCCCUCUUGUCCACGGAGCUCUUGCUCACACACUACGAUCCAACGCGCGACAUAGUUGUGUCCGCCGAUGCAUCAUCAGUUGGCUUAGGAGCAACGCUAUGCCACAAGUACCCAGACGGAUCCCUAAAAGUGGUACAACACGCAUCCAGAGCACUCAGCAAGGCGGAGAUUGGUUAUAGCCAAAUCGACAGAGAAGGACUGGCAAUAAUUUUCGCUGUAACCAAAUUUCAUCCCAUGAUAUACGGUCGUCAUUUCACACUGCAGACCGACCACCGACCAUUGGUACGCAUAUUUGGCAGUAAGAAAGGAAUUCCGACAUACACAGCAAACCGGCUGCAGAGGUUUGCACUAACUCUUCAGCUGUAUGACAUGGACAUCGAGUAUGUAGCAACAGGCUCAUUUGGAAACGCCGAUGUGUUAUCUCGGCUCAUACAUCAUCACGCCAAACCUGAAGCUGAAUACGUCAUCGCCAGCCUGGAGUUAGAAAACGACUUAAGGUCAGUUGCCAUUAAUGCGCUUAGCUCAUUUCCUUUAUGUUUUAGAGACGUUGAGACAGCUACGCAGACUGACCCCUUGCUCCGGAAAGUCCAUAAGUACGUGCAGGACGGUUGGCCGCAUGAUGUUUCAUUCGGAGCAGAUUUGGCACGGUAGCACAAUAGGAAAGA